AUGGCCGUUGAUCUUGCGAAUCCACAACGGUUGCCGGGACGCCCAAACCCCAACAAACCGCAUCCCGAACCCAGGGACACGUACGUCCUCUCCCAACUGGACGCCAAGGAGGAGUACCCCGACCUGAACCCCCUCCAGCGCUCCCUCAAGAGAUACGAAGACAAGAGCCGCGCCGCCGCCGCCAGGAAGCGCGCCGCCGCCGCGACCGCCGAGGCCCGAGGCGAGGGCACGCAGCGCGAGGUGGAGGAGCUGGUCGCCGCCGCGUCCGACACGAUCUGCGAAGAGCUCUUCGCGGAGGCGGCCACCGAGGGCGCCGCUGCGGCGGCGGACGGCGACGCAGGCGCGAUCGAGUGCCCCGCGGCCCCCGAGGGGCCCGCGGCGGGGCCGGAGGCCGGCUGGCCUGCUGAGCUGGCGGAGCUUCUGACGGCCGGCGGCGGCGCGGGUGACGGCGACGACGAGGGCGACAUCGAGGUGGCAGCGGCCGUCGUCGCCGCGGGGCCGACAGAGGAGGCAGAGUUCGAGGAGAGCGCCCAGCCCGCGGCGCUGGUGAUGACGGGGCCGCAGCGCGCCCCCCUCCUCAGCAACGAUGACGAGGCGCCCACGGCCCAGGAUGUGGACGAGUCCCAGGAGCUGAUAACGAGCAAGGUCACCGCCGUCGUGCUGAUGAGCGGCUCGCUCCACGCAACGACCGCCGUGACCAGGGACGCCGCCGCCCCGAUGCCCGCGUCAGCUACCACCUGCCCCUCCGCGGCGCUGAGCCACCCGAUGGCCGGCCCCAAGACAGAGGCGCAGGCCGGCGGCGGCGGCGGCGACGGCGACGGCGCUCUCCGCGCGGGCGCACGGGUGCGCAUCCCCAAGAAGAGCCUCAACAAGAUGCCUCAGGUCACCGUGCGCGCCGCGGUCACCUGGACCGCCCCCGCCAGCGAUGACAAGAGCUCGGCCAAGAUCCUGGCUUUGGACGGCCCCAAGAAGGACGCGGUCACCAGCCUGGUGCCCUUCUCCUUCUACUGCAGCCCCUUCGACUUCCGCGCCGCCGCCACCGACGGCUACAUCAUGAAUGCGGCCCAGACGGCCGCCUCUGACAUGAUCCUGGCGCACCACUCGGCUGUCAUCUUGGGCCCCACCGCCCCCGCGCCCGCGACGCGCGGCGCUGAGACCGCACCCAAGGCGAGCCCGCUGGGAUCGACUCCCAGGCCGGUGCCCCUGGUGCCAUCCAUCACCUCCCCCAAGACCCACGGCGAGGACGCCACCGCCACCGCCCUCCUGCUGAAGACCAUCUACAGCCCCACGCUGCCGCUCCACACGACCACCAGCAGCGGCGCGGCCCGCGUGGCUGGCCAGCCCGUCAAGCCGGGCUCACUGAUCACGAUGUCUGUCCUCAAGACCGCGCCGCGCACGGCCGGCCAGGCGCCCAAGAUGCAGCUGCUGCUGGCCGCAACGACAACUGCCACCAACUGCUCCAAGUCCGAGGCCGAGGGCGCCGCCCCCGCGACCAGCGCCGCACCCGUGGCGCUGGAGGCGGCCCCCCUGCCAAGCAGCCGCGGCAAGUCCCCCGUCGCCGACGCCCGCCCCGCGCGCUCCCCCCGCCCCGGCCAGCACCCGGCAUGGGGCUGCAUGGCGGGUGCGCUGCUGCUGGCCGCGUGCGGCCUCGCGACCGCCGCCGUCGCCCUGCUGCACUGA